AUGGCCGUUACCAAUACCGACAACACCCUUUCUGCACCUCAUCACAAAUACGGCGGGACAGCAAAAAAGUGGCUACAGCGACGCAUGCAAAAAGUGGUAUCACGACAGGCCGGGAAGGACACAAGCGAAGACACAGACAUGUGGGCAAAGGUGUCUCUACAGCGGCCACACACAGCGCCAACAGGUACAAAUGCGUCCAGCUUGGACACUAUUGCAGUAUUGCCGACCAAGCCCAUCACCACUGAGCGUAUCACACCUCCACUUCCUCCCAUACGCCCGGCACGACCGGACUCGAGCGUCAUUCGAGAUGUCCAUGCAUGGCUGGAAGCUAGCAUGAACACACCCUCGCCUGCACUGAUGUCUGGCAUCUCAUACUGGAAAGAGGCGACAGGUCCUGGUGUCAAAGACUCGGCGGCCGCCCAGCAUGUUGUUCCACUGUUCGUAGCCAGGUCAGCAGCAUCAUCGGCUGGCCAACCAAGAAGGUGCUGUCGUCGGUGGAAAAUGCGAGUCCAAAUGCCCACACUAUUUCGUACCAAAUCUCAGCACCGUCUGGACAAGGAUCAUGCAAACAAACAGUCUGCAUCUGCGCCGGUCUUGACUCUUUCCUACAGGAGCAUGGGACGAGGCGAGGUUCCUGUGAUGAUGAAGCGAUCCACGUCGGCGCCAAAUGGUGCCAUACGGCCAUCGAAGUGGACCAUGGCGGCGCAGGAUGGUGGGUUACUAGCGGUCCAUCAGCAGUCUCGCGAAUGCGGUACUCCCCGGUACGGCACGCCAGUCAGCACCAGGGUUGGAGAUUCCGACAGUGGCUCGGAACGACGUAUUUACACAAUGUUGAUGGGCACAGGACGGAGUGCAGAUGGCACAAGGCCGUCAACAGCAGGUGCAGGCGUGGGUCGUGAGGACUCGAUGGGUGAUUUGUCUGACGUCCCGACUUACUUCUCUGGGCCACCUCCGCCGUCGUAUCGCUCGCGCCCCGAGUCGAUGCUCACAACUUCAUCGUUUGGUUGCAUCGACGGUAUGAAUCCAGCACAGCGACAAAUCAGCCCACAGCGAGCGGCACUGCAACGGGGGAUGCGAUGCAAGCUGAAGAGGUUUGCAAAGAACUUUGUCAUGUGA